UCCCGGCGCUCGACUUUCUCUCGGCGGCCUUGCUCUCGGCCGAGUAUGAGAGAGCACUGGGCCGAGCUCUGGCGAUGCCGGAGUGCCGACUCAUACCUUUCUUUGGAGCCUUUCUUAGAGAAUUAAGAGAAAUCCUGGCGGCAUCCCCGUCGCUGACCGGCAGUCACUCGGUGGGUGCCACGCCUACACAUAGAAGAGAAUUCAAACGAGAAUCUACUAAGGAUGACAGAGGGUCACUAAAAAGGGACACAAGAAGAGAGAGCGGUAAACGUAUGGACCAGAGCACAACUACUAGCCCCCUAAGAGACAGCUGCAAGCGACAAGACUCCAGACUAUCAGAUUCUAAUAAACAAGUGUACAUAGCCUCAUUCGACGAGGAAGGUGAGCAAGCUCCAGGCUGGCGACGCGUCGGACCCGAGGGUCUGAUCAACUUGGAGAAAGUAUACAGAACACAAGCCGUGAUGGACCACAUAGCGAGUUUCCACCAGCAUCAUUACGCGUUAGCAAGGAGUAAUGCACCUAUCUUCGGAGAUUAUUUGAGAGCAGCAAUGUUAACAUGCGAGGAACCAGUCUUUGCUCACCCGACUUCGAAAACGAAUGGCGACUUCGAAAACGAAGCCUUGUACGAGUUGGAAGGAACGGGGUAUUGCCCUGUGCAGCCGCUGCCCCAUGAUCAUGGGGUCACUAUGUUUCCUUUGGCCCCGCAAAAUGGGGAGAGGAUGGAUAGACAUAUUUUGCAGAUAAUGCACCAUGGCACAGCAUGUGUAGUGACAGAGGCGGAGUGGGGCGGCACGCUCGCUCAGCUCAGGUUAGAGCGAGCAUGCGCUCUACUCGCGUGGUGUAGGACCGCGCAUCAGCCACAUGCUGCUCACGGAGAAACCCCAUCAGAGAACAUGGCGCAACCUGAAGUGAGCCUAUCAUACAACCCUGAGGAAGUCAUACCGCUGAAGUACACUGCUAACCUGGCGCAUGAGAAUGAAGCAGGCAUUGUAGGUGAAGAAGGCUUCAUAGACCUCCAAUGCGUAAAAGACAUGCGUCUCGGCGGGAAGCUGCUAGAACCACGCGACGUAGCCGAGCUCACGGCGUGCGCCAGGCGCCACGGGUUGGAGACCUGUGCUCAUGGGCCGCAUAUCAUAUCGCUAGUGUAUGGAAGGACUUUGAGCGAUAAUAGGACCGUGCAUUUUGUGCUGCCGGCUUAUUCUUAUAGGGUAUGGGCGGUAGGUCUCCACUCCGUCAUACGCGCACUGAUGAGUCAAGCGAAGCUAGCUGACCGGAGCUUAGCUUGGCUGAAAAACAAGUAUACAGCUUUGUACUAUGAGGACGGCUGCUGCUGUGAGCCGCUAGUUUCUGAUGCUAUUAGAGUCUUCGGCGGCAGAGAGUCAACGUGCGGCAGUUCAUCACACUCCACUCCAGUUAAAGGAACAUACGCUGACUCUCAUUCUGACUCUCUUAGGAGUUCUGGGAUCAAAUUCAAGAAAAAUAAGUCAACUUCAGAGCUGAAAACGAGCUCACCAAAAAGUUUUGUAUCGACACACACAUCAGGGACGAGAAGCGAAGACGAAGUAAUACAGGGAUCACCACGACAUAGUUCCUACUCAUCAUCAAUGAGUCACCAUCAUUCUUAUGGACCACGACACAGCAGCCUGACCGCAGCUGCUACCAGCAUCAUGGCUGGCUCACCUAAUAGGAGUAGUUUAAGAAGACUGGAAACAAGUGAGAGAUUUUGGGAGAACCUCAAGCAUUUAAGAACGGGUUCCGUUGGAUAUGACACACAAUUAGACUUCAUGGAUUUUGUCACCUUAUUUAGGAGUUUCAGUCUAGUGAUGCGAUCUGAACUCAGGGAUAUAUUCGAACAACUAGCAGUACCAAGAAAUCGAUCACCUUUACUCGGCGCCGAGAAAAGCCGAAGUUCACCCGAACUUUUCCGAAGCAGAGCUAUCUUUAGGACAGGCCUUUUAACAAGGAACGGGUCUUUAGACCUGGAACCUCCGAGUGACAAGGUUGGCAGGAAGAAAGCCUUUGACCUUCUUGCUGCUGCAGCUUUACCCGGUGCCUGCCCCGAUGUGAGCGGGAGAGUACUCUCUCUACCUACCCUCGGCAAGUUCUGCGAAACGAGACAAAAUGAACCCAAGACGGAACAACAGCUUAGAGACAUUAUACAGAGACACGAACCGGACCCGACUCUUCGCGCGGACAACUGCCUCUCAUUCGAAGGGUUCGUGCGUUUCCUUACAGACAAGGAUAACUAUGCCUUCGUGCCUGAACAGAUGAGAGCGAAUUUUAUUAGCAAAACCUCAACAUCAGAAGACGAGGAAGUGCAGAAGACGAUAGCUAAAGACAUGACGGGUCCUCUCUCACAGUACUACAUCGCGAGCAGUCAUAAUACGUACCUGACUGGACACCAGUUGAAAGGAGAGUCGAGUGUCGAGUUGUAUAGUCAGGUCUUGCUAACAGGUUGCAGAUGUGUGGAGCUCGACUGCUGGGAUGGAGACGACGGCAGUCCUGUCAUAUACCAUGGACAUACUUUCACUACGAAGAUACCAUUCCGAAGAGUCGUAGAGACUAUCGCUAGGAGUGCAUUCGUGGCGUCUCCGUACCCCCUGAUCCUGAGCAUUGAGAACCACUGCAGUCUCCCGCAGCAACAGGUCAUGGCCAGCACGUUUGAGGCAGUGUUUGGAGAGAAACUUGUCACGUCAUUCCUGUUCGAAGUCGAUUACACUGACGAGCCGAGACUUCCAAGUCCUGAACAGCUGAAAUAUAAGGUGCUGGUCAAAAACAAGAAGCUACUGCCUAUAGAGUCUAGUCCCACCAUGGGGCUGACAGGAGCCAGUUCUGCACAAGGAUAUGGUGGAGUUCUAUCCACUGCCUUUAGGUCCAACGGCAUCCGUCACACCAGCACCUCCUUACCGGAACAGAGCAACCGAACCAGCUCCAUCAUGUCGAACCAGUCGGCUGGCAGCUCGCUCACUGAAUACUUCUCUGAUGAGGACUAUGAUGAAGAUGAUGAGGAACUCGAUGAAAAAGAACUACACAAAAUCCUCAACUCCAUGGAAGAUAAAUGCGGUCGGACCUCUCUGUCACUCUACCAGAGCUUCAGAAGGAGUGAGGGAGAUGCUGAAACGACUUCCGGCAGUGUCAAGCACGCGCCCACUAGGAAACGAAGCAACCAAAUUGCUAGAGAACUUAGUGAUAUGGUUACUUAUGUACAGGCAAUUAAAUUCCGUGGCCUGAACCCUCUGUCACCACGUAGCUCAAUGAAGCAGCCGAGCACAGUCCCUAAGGAGGCACCUCCCGGCAGCAGCUUCGAGUCUUCUGAGAGCAGCGACAGUACUAGCACGCAAAUAGCCCAACAGCCCCGCCCCCGCUGCCUCAACGCGCCAGCCGUCCAUCAUCCAUGCUACCGCUGCUCCUCCGUCAACGAGGCCAUCGGAAAGAAGAUCUGCAGAAAGCACCCCAUGGCCCUCAUAGCUCAUACUGAGACACAGCUCGUUAGGACUUAUCCCGCCGGCCUAAGAAUAGACUCAUCAAACUUCGACCCGGUAACAUUCUGGUCAUGUGGCGUGCAGCUAGUCGCGCUGAACUAUCAAACAGAAGACGCCGCGAUGGCCGUCAACGCUGCGAUGUAUGAGAGCAACGGGUCUGCUGGAUAUGUGCGGAAGCCCAGCGUUAUGUGGGAUCCGGGGCAUAUUGCUUAUAGGAGAUUCAACCCAAUGGACAGAGAAUUCGACGGCAUACACGCCUCUCAUUUAACCCUAGCAGUCAUAUCCGGACAAUAUGUCGCAGAAAACGUGUACUCCUUCUACAAUGCGUUUGUCGAAGUGGAGAUAUUAGGCGUUCCGGCGGAUUGUAAGAAGAUCAGGACUAAAGUCGCUAGGAAGAACGCUCUGAACCCGAUAUGGAAUGAGACCUUUAAUUUUAAGAUAAACUUCCCGGAGCUAGCGUUCCUACGGUUCGAUAUUUUCGACGCUGAUACCAACUAUAUGCUCUCACAGAGAGUCAUACCGCUGCAGUGUCUGAGGCCUGGGUAUAGACAUGUGAGACUGAGAUCCCCAACAAACCAGCCGCUCAACAUGGCCUCGCUCCUGAUCUUCUCCCGCUGCUCCGAGGAGUUAGCAGGCGAGACCUGCAGAGGAGACCUGGAGCCCGCCUCGCCUCACGAGCGGAGGAAGAUUCACUUCCUCGUGGUGUAUGCUGUGGCGAGGCACGAGGCGUACUCUAUAUUGAAGGUGACGCAGGAUACUACUGCUAAUGAGGCCAUAGCCCAAUGUCUAACAAAAGCCGGAGUCUGUCGCUCAGCCCGCGGCAGUUACGUCAUGGUAGAAGAGGUUCCAUCCCGAGCUCCCACGCAGCGAGUGUUAGCUCCUCAUGAGAGGGUGCUGAGAGCUGCGUCUGCGAGACCCGGGGCGAGGCUGCUGCUGAAGAGGGUCGGCGAUGAUCCUAGUAGUAGGGCGUGGCUUACUAGUAUCAGAUCAGCAUCAUCAGACCGCAACAGAGACAAGUCGGUGCCCUCCGACGAGGAGUCUCUCACUCAGGAGGAGGAGCCUCGCAAGCCGCCCGACAGCUUCCUCGUGUGCGUGCACAACGUGUCGCAUGAGAUACCUUACGCUAUACUCAAGGUACCUCUAACAGCAUCAGCCUCCUACGUGGUCUACCAGGCGCUAACAAAAGCGCGUUGCCAUGACGACCCGAAGCGGUUCGUGCUGGUCGAAGAGUUGGAGUGGGGUGGCAGGGCGGGGACUGGGCCGCAGCAGAGAGCGCUGGCUGAUGAUGAAGUGGUUUAUGCUGCACAGGCAGGCUGGAAGACACUAGGCCGGUUCGUGCUGCAAGAAAAAGGCAGUACUGCACCACUGCCACGCCACAGAGCCGCCAUUGCCAGGAUACAGAGAGGACUCAGCAUGACAAGAGGGGCUAUCGCAGGUACCACAGGUUUUCCGCUCGGAGGAUUUGGUGCAGCUGACACAAUAUCUGAGGGCAAGGCUCCCGUGCAAACGGCUUAUAGUGACCCUACACAUUGCAGGAGAGUAUCAACAGCCCCUCUCGGCAAAGGCAUUGGACGAGCUAAAGGACAUUCAGACAAAGAUAUGAGGAGUUACAUGCAGAAACGAACCAGUACUAGAGAGGUGCACUCGGAAGGCGAGUCUGGCGGCGCGGGCGUGUCGGCGGGCGCGGAGGCGCUGGCGGCGCAGGUGGCGCGCUUCAAGAGACUCUCCUUACGGAAGCUCAGGGCAUGGCGCUCCUGAGUGUGGCAGGUCUUCCGGCGGCUAGGUACCCGCUUAGCCAACCACAGAGCCUCCCUGUCUUCAGAACUGGGAUCCCUGUGGGACUUCAUAAGGAUCGACAGAGACAGGAGGCGCUCCGCCCCCUCAGCCUCCACCUACGAAGCCAUC